AUGGACAAUCUUUUUAUCCAAAUCAUUUCCGGUACCCCGCGGCAGAAGCACGACCCUGUCUCUGCCAGCUCGCCAGAGUACACCAUCCUGUGCGCCCAAGCACCAACAGCGGAGGACCGUAUUGCUCUGCUUAUGAAGCGUUUUCCCACUUCCACCGAGGCGAGUUCGGCCCAAACGAUGUGCUAUCUCUUGCAGACGUGUGUCUCCGCCUCCGUGUCACCCGAUGAGACCGAGCACAUGGUUGAGGCCUUAGUAGAAUUUGCCAAUCAUCACCCAACUUGGAUUGAAACCGUUUGUUGGAUUUGUGCUCUUAUACAUUAUUACUGCACAGAUGAAGUCACUGUUUCUAUUUUUUCUGAGUGUGGUGCGCCCUCUGUGGCCGUUCGGGCGUUAAAAGAUAACAUACAAAACAACCAACUUGUGUUGGCCGCAUGUGCAUUAUUAUCCCAUUUUAAUUUGUAUCCUAUAGGCGAUGGAAUAUCCCAACUUGCUCGUGCUCUUCUAGCACACCAUUCAGAUUUGCUUGUUUGUAAAAUGGCUUGUCGGGCUCUUGCAGAGUUUACAUCAUAUGUAAUGGAAUGUCCUGAUAGUUUUGUUUCCUCUAAUAAGGAGUUUCUUGAGGCCAAUGGAGUUGAAGUCCUUGAAAAGGUUCUGCGGGAACACAUUGGGGAUGAGGAAACUACAAGGUAUGUUGCUCGAAUCGCCGCAAAUGUGACCAGUUCAGGUAUUCCAAGUUCUUUGGAAUCUGACUCAAAGGUUAUUUCGUAUCUUGCAGAGGCAAUGGGACGAUACGCGGACUCGGAUCUUUUAUGCAGCCAUGCUUUACAUGUUUUUAGUAACUUCCCUAAUUCCCCGUAUAUUGAAUGGGAUGCUGUUGCAACGCUGUUUAAAACCACGGAGUCAGAGGCAACAAUUUUGGAGGCGUUCCAUUUUCUUUGCAGCGUUGCGAUGAAUGUCAAGACACAAAAGCAGUUGAUUUAUUCUACAGGUUGUCUAAAUCGUGUAUUAGAACUAAUGCGUAAAUAUGAAUCCAGUGGAGCUAUUCAAGAAAAUGCCUGCAGUUUGAUUUCAUAUCUUUCUUUUGACUCUGAGACGAUAACGUCAAAAAUAACGGAGUCCGAUGGGAUCCUCUUGGUGCUUAAGGCCAUGCAAAAUUUUCCUGAUAAUGAAGACCUGCUUGUUUCCGCGUGUGCUGCGCUCAGCGGCCUGACUUUUAAUAACCUUCAGGGUCAGCAGGUCAUUAUUCAAGAGAAUGGAGUGGCACUUAUUUUGGAUGCUAUGCGUUCCGGAAAGAGUGCACGGGUGCAAGAAAACGCAGCUCUGGCAAUUGGGACGAUGUGCUGGAACAGUGAUUUAAAGGCAGACGUCGUUCGGUCAAAUGGGGUGGAGUUGAUUAUGAAGGCCCUCGAGGAACACUAUACAAGUCCUGGUCUUGUGAAAAACACAUGUCGAGCUUUAGCACAGGUUGCCUUUAAUUGUGAGAACUACCGCGAUGCAAUGUGCGAAAGUGGAGUCAUUCCAUUAAUCAUUAGGGGUAUGGCACAGCACCCAUCCUAUGAUCGAGUACAAAUGCACGGUUGCGUGGCACUUUCAUACCUUUCCUGGAAUAGUGAGGAGAACUCGGCAAAUAUUGCCCGAAACAAAGGUUACGGUGUGAUUAUUGAUGCCAUGAGAAAUCAUUUGCAUAACUACGAGGUACAAGAGCAUGCAUCGCGUGCGAUUGCAAAUAUUGGCACGGCUCCGUUUGAAGACCUUGAUAUGGCUCCCGAACAAGUUGUUGCAGCCAUGCGACGCCAUGAGCACGUGAGCGAAGUGCAGGAAGAAACGUGCCGUGCCAUUGUUACUCUUUCUUUGGUUUCGCCUGCAUACAAGGACAAACUAUUUGAACUAAAUGUCGUGGAAUGUGUUUUGGCGGCGAUGCGGAAUUUUCGUGGUAAUCAAGUGGUCCAGCAAGAGUCAUGUAAUGCCUUGGCCCACCUCGCCUACGAACAUGCAAAGCUUAAUAAGGCUGUAACAGAACAAAAUGGCGUGGAAGCUCUCCUGAUAGCCAUGAAAACUUAUGUAAAUGCUCCCAAAGUACAGUUGAAUGCAUGCGGCGGCCUAAGUGCAUUGGCAUUUGACAAUGCGGUGGCCCAAAAGCAAAUUUAUGACCUUGAUGGUGUCGCAUGUGUCAUUCAUGCAAUGGCAAAUUUUGAGCGUCUACGCAUGUUGGAGUUAGGUUGUUCCGUCUUAGGAACCUUGGCAUGGAACACUGAAAUCAAAGAGAAGGUUGCUGUUGUGGCCAUCCCCGAGAUUUUGAAGGCCAUGCGUGUGCAUUAUCAAAGUCCAUUGUUACAGAAAUCUACCUGCCGGGCUAUAUCCCAGUUUGCUUUCAACUCGGAGAAUAACCGUAAGCUCCUGGCAGAGUCUGGUGCCAUACCACUGAUUGUGAGUGCAAUGCGCUCACACAUCACGACGGACAAGCUUCUUGUACACGGGAUUAAGGCUCUGACGUACCUAUGCUGGGAAAAUAAUCAAGUUGCUGAGGCCAUUAUCAACGAAGGCAUUGAAGAAGUUCUUGAAAAAAUUGUUAAUUUAUAUUCCUCAUCGCAACGUGUCUAUGGGGAGGCCGUUCAUCUUUCCAAGAUACUUUUUCGCAAGAUGUCAAGCAGUCCUCAGGCAAAGAUGUGUUCUCCACCAUUUUUUUCUCCUGUACCAAUGUCGCAAACGCCUGGACCUCGAGUUACCCGAGCUGAGAACACGAUGUUUCCUAGCCCUCCCGCGCAGUUCGACGAGAAUGUUCCACACUUCUACACCGUUCCACAGGAACUGAUUCGACAGGAAGGGCGUGCACAGCGCAAUCAGUGGAGCAACCAAGAGCACCACGUGAGAGGCGACAGUAAGGGGGAUGGUGCAGGCCGUCGACGACGCAAUCGUCGCCGUGGGGGCAACAGCAGCUUUGAAAGACGCCCAACUCAGUUGGAAACCCAAGAAGGACAAGGUGCAGGCACACAUCACGCGGAUCCGUACGCUUCACGAGCACAAGAAAUAGAUAACUGUGCAUCCCGUCCUUUAUCCGCUGAGGACUUGUGGGAUGAUCCGGACCCAAAGACGUACCACGGCAACCGUCGUUUGGGUAAUCUUAAUUGGCAACAGGCGGAGUUUGUUCGCCAACAAAACGAAGGAAAGAGGUCUCCUGGUGAGUUGCCUGGACGCGGCGGGGGACGUGGUGGUAGAAGACGUGGGAACCACCGAAAAAAUGGUGUUGGAAGAAGACAAGGUGACCAGGAGAAAGAUCAUUGA